AUGAAUCACGUCGGCGCUGGUCGCCGUGCCUCUCGUUCUUUGUAUGGAAAACUCUUCAACAUCGUUCCAGAACAAGCUGCGCUUGAUUCCCAACAAUCCCUCGAUCAUAUCAUUCCGGCCGCGAAGCGGAGUUACACUGUUCAGAGUUUGUCUAGUCCUCACGAGAGGUUUAUCGAGUAUGAGAAAGUUGAAUUGACCGAUCUAUCGACCCCUCAUCCUGCCCCGAUAUUCGGUCGAUCACUCGAGGCGCCCAAAGAAGCAAUCCGCACAGGAUUUUGGCCAAAUUCUUACAAGUUGCUUCCUCACUUAGCGGCCAGUGCGGUCACGGCAGCUGUUGUCCAGUUGAGUUUCCGUAACCGAUACUGGAUGGAUUUGCUAGAUCCAAGUGUCGAAAUCCUACCGGGAAUCACUCAGGGGGGCGCAAUGAACGCUCUCCAGCUGGCAGCGAAGCUCCAUGAAUUGAUCCUAGUCGCUUCAUUGGGGACGAUUAUCAUGCAUGUUGCCCAGGCGCACCUAGUUGGCAAUCAUGGACUGCCCUUGGGAAUGCUCGCUAACAGUUUCGCAAUCGGUUCGGGAGACUAUCUGCGGACAAAAGGAUAUUGGUCUUCGAUCUGGACUGGCAAGGCGCACUACUGGCGGUUUUGGCUGCUCUCCCUGCUUGCCACGAUACUAGCGACAUUAGCCGGCCCGUCUUCUGCUAUUGCAGUCAUCCCAUCUCUCAACUGGUUCAGUGUCGACAAGCCAUUCGACAACGAUGUGCUGCCAUUCUAUGUCUUCAAUCAGAGUACUGUCCUCUGGCCGGGCGAUGUGACAGGCGCCAGCACCAACGCUGCAAAUUCAGGCAUCGACUGUGUUGCUGCUACACUAUCAACGACCGAACAAGAUGCAUGUCCGGCAGGCGGCUUCAGAGACACCUAUAACUGGGCGGGCAACCUGUUAUUUGCCAAUUCCAGCGCUGGUUCUAAUUGCAGCUUUCCUGAUGCUCGCGGAGACACGCGGCGAGUGCUGUCGACGCAGAGUUGCGCCAGCGACUUUGACGGCAGGGCAUCUGGCAUGUCAUUGAACACAUUUAUCAGCGGAGCCCUGACAGCAUAUUGGACGUUCGCGCAGAACAACUGGCAUGGUCUCGCUCUCACUACCUCACAGCCUAGGCUCAGUCUUGCGGGCGCCAUCUACGCGCCUCGGGUUGAAGUUAUGUGCAGUGGGUUUGACUUCUACAAUGUUUCGGACGUCGAAGCUCGGACCCAUAUCAACUUUCCCAGCUUCACGCCGGACAAGCAACUCCCAAACCAGGACUACAUCUUGCCAUACCAUGGUACCCUCAACGAUACGACGUUUGACUGGGUCCAAAUGCCAGCGGGAGGCGAAAAUCCAGCGAUCGGCGCGGCCGUUAGAGUUCCUUUUGAAUACACAAACGUGGACAACCCCAGUCACCUAAGGCAAGCAACAGAGAUACAUGCCUGUAGCAUCUAUGCCCAAUGGGUCCCUGUCAAUGUUUUCUAUGAACCAAGGACCAGUGAUCAGGUUGCAUUCAACGUUAGAGGAAAAUUGUCCAACUCUUGCCUGACACUGCCUCAUGAGAAUGCCGCGGUCGAUCAACCAGUUAAGAACAUGACCAUCGACAUGGACUAUGCCAACGCAAUUAAUCAGAACAUUUCCUUUGUUUCAGGGGACACUCCGGCCAUCAUAGCCAUGCUUCAAGAAGCCGUGUUUCAGGACGAUCGGGUCACGGACAAAGUGCUCAACGCUUUCAAGUCGCCAUUUGUGGGAAGUGCUCAGACAGGUGUAAAUGCAAACCUCACAGGUGACCAGGUCCGGCAGAGUCGUGCCACGAUGAUAUCAACCAUCCUAGCUGGUGUCGUUACCGAUGGCCUUGCCCGCAUUGCCGGCAAUGGACUCUACCCUUUCUCAGCUUCGAUGUUCCUGACCAACGAAACCGACAAUGGAAGUCUCGUCGGCAGGUUCCUAGUCAGCACCGCACAAGGCGGUGAAGACACCGUUUUGAACUCCACUGCCACCGAUGUCCGCAAUUGGCUUCGAAUUGAUCCUGUCUUUGACCGCUACGGGUACGGCUAUCGCUGGGAAGGCUCCAAGACCGUACAGUUUGGAAUAAUUGUCCUUCUCAUUCAUGUCACUAUUGCCGCAGCCCAUUCCCUAUUCCUCGUCUAUAAGGUUAUCGUCAAAAAAGAAGGGCUCGUGGCCUCCUGGACAACAGUGGCAGAGUUGAUCACGCUCGCAAUGAAUUCGAGCCCUUCGGCAAGGUUGCAGGACACUUGUGCUGGUGUCACGGCGGCGAAAACGUGGAGGCAGGUCGUGGCCGUGAGGGAAACAUAUUCAGGUCAUUUGGAGAUGGUUGUCGGACCCGACGAAAAGGACAGGCACCCGCUGCCACAGGCAGGGAAGUUGUACGGACACGUUCCCGAAAGGGGAGGUCUUGUGAACGAAGCUGAAGCCUGA